CCACCUCAAGUUUGUGUUUGCUGCAACAUACGGACAGUGAAUGGAAACAUCGGAAAAUGCUAAUCCUUCAAACCCUCGCAAAACCCCUCAUAACCACCACCAUUACCAUCUCCCUCCGUCUCUUAACAACCGAGUCAACUCUCCAGACCCAACUCGCCAACCCACCGAGCCCAGUCGACCCAUCCCACGUCCUCCGCGUCUGCACCAUCCUCUACCAGCAACAGACCUCCCCGGACCCCCGCCUCCACGCCAACCUCCGCCGCACCUUCUCCGACUCCGAACCCACCCACGAGUUCUUCCUCCAAGUCUGCAACAAAUUCCCCCUCACAUGGCGUCCCGUCUACCGCCUCUUCAACUACACCCAAACUUACCCGACUUUCCAACACACCCCCGUCUCCUUCAACAAAAUGCUCGGCGUCGUCGGCAACUCCCGCAACAUCGACCUCUUCUGGGACCUCCUCCGCGAGUCCGGACAGCGUUGUCUGGCUAACGACAAGACGUUCAAAAUCGCCCUGACGACGCUCGCUAAAGCUAGCACGACGCUCGCUAAAGCUAGGGAGUUGAAGAAGUGUGUGGAGUUCUUCCACGUCAUGAAUGGUCUCGGGUUCGGGUAUAGUUUGCGGACUUUGAACAAUGUCGUUGAGACGCUUUGUGAGUCUAGCGUUAAGCUUGUGGAGGAGGCUAAGCAUGUCGUUUUUAAGUUGAGGGAGUGGAUUAAGCCUGAUGGGUUUACUUAUAAGUGUUUGGUUAAGGGGUUUUGUGAGGUGGGGGAUUUGGUUGAGGCGUCAAAGGUUUGGAAUUUGAUGGUUGGUGAAGGGUUUGAGCCAGAUAUCAAUGCGGUUGAGAAGAUGAUGGAGACGUUCUUCAAGACGAAUCAGUUCGACGAGGCGCUGAAGCUUUUUCAGAUGAUGAGGCUGAAGAGGAUGGAGGAUUUGGGGCUCUCGAGUUAUAGGCUUGUGAUUCAGUGGAUGUGCAAAAGGGGCAAGAUUUCUCAGGCCUACGUGGUGUUUGAGGAAAUGCGUCAAAGAGGGAUUGAAGUUGAUAAUUUGACUUUGGGGUCACUGGUUUAUGGGCUUGUCGUGAGAGGUAGAGUUAGGGAGGGUUAUAAGGUUGUGGAAGGGAUUGAGAAACCGGAUAUAAGUGUUUACCAUGGAUUGAUUAAAGGGCUUUUGAGAUUGAGAAGGGCAAGUGAAGCUACAGAAGUGUUUAGGGAGAUGAUAAAGAGAGGGUGUGAGCCGAUAAUGCACACGUAUGUGAUGUUGUUGCAGGGACAUUUGGGGAAGAGAGGGAGGAAAGGAUCGGACCUUCUUGUGAAUUUCGACACCAUUUUUGUUGGCGGUUUGGUUAAGGCCGGGAAGUUGUUGGAAGCUACCAAGUAUGUUGAGAGAACAAUGAAGAGAGGACUUGAGGUGCCUAGGUUUGAUUAUAAUAAGUUUCUGCACUAUUAUUCGAAUGAGGAAGGGGUGGUGAUGUUUGAGGAGGUGGGGAAGAAAUUGAGGGAGGUUGGGAUGUUCGAUUUGGCCGAUAUAUUUCAAAAAUAUGGGGAAAAGAUGGCUACUAGAGACAGAAGAAGAAACAGAGCCGUCGAGUCAUGAGAUUGAGCAGAGAUUAUAUAUGAUUGUGUGAGUCAAUUUGUUGGGACCUAUGGCAUGAUGAUUUUUGAAGAAAGGAAGAAAGGGAAGUUAACAAGCACAUGAGAAAAGUCCAGAGAUUGGAGAAUCUUAAGAGUGGACCAUUUCUGUUGGGAGAAACAAGAAGAUUUUGCUGAGGAUUGGUCUUCUUCCUAUUUCUUCAGUGAACCGUAGUUUCAAGUUUUUUUUUUUUUUUGAAAGGUGGUUUCAAGUUUUUCAAAUACGGCGAGUAACGAGGAAGAAAGGACCACAAUAAAAAUCACAGCACAUCGCAUGUUUAUAAGAGUAGGAUUGAAAUAUAACAAUUUAUUUUGGAAUAUUUAAG